CUUCGUCACAAUCGCAGAGACUCUUUACGAAAGAGAAAUAUCAAGACUAAGAAACAAGAAGAGUAAGAAUCAUUGGGAGAGCGAUCAUGGCGACGAGAGCAAACGUACCUGAACAAGUCAGAGGUGCUCCUCUCGUUGAUGGUUUGAAGAUUCAGAACAAAAACGGUGCUGUGAAGAGUCGGCGUGCCCUCGGUGACAUCGGAAAUCUUGUUUCUGUUCCCGGAGUUCAAGGAGGAAAGGCUCAACCUCCGAUUAAUCGACCCAUUACUCGAAGUUUCCGUGCCCAGUUAUUAGCGAAUGCCCAACUCGAAAGAAAGCCAAUCAAUGGAGACAACAAGGUUCCAGCUCUUGGUCCAAAGAGACAACCUCUUGCUGCAAGAAACCCAGAAGCUCAAAGGGCGGUUCAGAAGAAGAAUCUAGUGGUUAAGCAACAGACGAAGCCUGUUGAAGUGAUCGAGACGAAGAAGGAGGUGACUAAAAAGGAAGUAGCGAUGUCACCUAAGAAUAAGAAAGUGACGUACUCGUCUGUACUUAGUGCUCGGAGCAAAGCUGCUUGUGGUAUAGUCAACAAACCAAAGAUUAUCGAUAUUGAUGAAUCUGACAAAGAUAACCAUUUGGCUGCGGUGGAGUAUGUUGAUGAUAUGUACUCGUUCUAUAAAGAAGUUGAGAAGGAGAGUCAGCCUAAGAUGUACAUGCACAUUCAGACUGAAAUGAAUGAGAAGAUGAGAGCGAUCUUGAUUGAUUGGUUACUAGAAGUUCACAUCAAGUUUGAGCUCAACCUUGAAACUCUGUACCUCACCGUCAACAUCAUUGAUCGAUUCCUCUCUGUGAAAGCUGUCCCUAAAAGAGAGUUACAGCUAGUGGGAAUCAGUGCCUUGCUUAUUGCUUCCAAAUAUGAAGAAAUCUGGCCACCUCAGGUUAACGAUCUGGUGUAUGUCACGGACAAUGCUUACAGUAGCAGACAGAUUCUGGUGAUGGAGAAGGCAAUUCUUGGAAACCUCGAAUGGUAUUUGACAGUCCCGACUCAAUACGUCUUCCUUGUCCGCUUCAUCAAAGCUUCGAUGUCUGAUCCAGAAGUGAGUACAUUUUUUGUUUAAAGUUCAGAUUUUUUGUUAUAACAAUGUUCGAUGGAAAGAGAUUGAUUCUGGUUUUGUUGUUUAUCGUGUAGAUGGAGAAUAUGGUUCACUUCCUUGCUGAAUUGGGGAUGAUGCAUUACGACACCUUGACGUUCUGUCCCUCCAUGCUUGCUGCUUCAGCUGUUUACACGGCAAGAUGCUCAUUGAACAAGUCCCCUGCUUGGACUGAUACAUUGCAGUUCCACACCGGCUACACAGAGUCUGAGAUUAUGGACUGCUCAAAGCUUUUAGCUUUUCUUCACUCGAGAUGCGGUGAGAGCAGGCUACGUGCAGUGUACAAGAAGUACUCGAAGGCAGAGAAUGGAGGUGUUGCUAUGGUUUCUCCGGCCAAGUCUCUCUUGAGUGCUGCUGCUGAUUGGAAGAAGCCUGUUUCUUCUUAGAUGUUUUUUUUCAUCAGAUCUCUCUCUGAUUCAAAAUUCUAGAUUUCUCAUCAGAUACUCUUUUGUUUUUUUGAGUUCAAACGUAUUAAUGAAUUCUUCUCAUCAGUGUUUUUCUUAAUCUCUGAUUACUUGGAUAUUAGAUUUCUACUAUAUCUUUAACAGAUAGAUGAUGUUUGACUGUAAUAAAUCAGAUGCGUGCAAUUAGUUUCCGACUUAUUGUAAAUUGAAUGAUGAUAAAUGAAAUGCAUAAAAUAGUUAAUGUU